GAAGACAAAUACAUAACGAACUCUUUUGAUAUAUUACAAUAUUAUUGAUCGAUUAAUCACCUGCUAUUCUUCAGCACAAUGAUUUUACGCUCAGGAAAGAUUAUCAAUCCUUCAAUCAUGCCUGCUGCAGCGACCUCGAAAUCAUUUAGUUGCCUCCGUUGCAACCUUCAGUUCCCCGAGAAAAAGCUAGCCUUCGAGCAUAAUCAGAAGGAGCAUCCGAAGUGCAACCAAUGUAAAGAAGGAUAUCUUUCUCUGGCAGAACUACAAGAUCACCAACAAGUUACAGAACAUUGCUAUUGUCGCAAGUGUGAUAUUUAUUUCCCAAAUCUUUUGGAACACCUCACGCAUGCACGAAGUACUACGCAUACGACACCAUAUCAUUGCUGUGACUGCGGUCGAGAGUACACCAACCAGGAAACCUUGAGCUAUCAUUGCUGCGAGUGCGACAAAGUGUUUAGAAAAAAAAAGCUUUUGCGAAGACAUUUCUCCGGGAAGAAGCAUAUUCGCAAAGUCGGAGUUCUAACAACGAAGAGCUUUCGCAAUCCCCUACACAAGUGUAACAAGUGCGAUGAGACAUUUCAAGACAAGAAACAACUUAAAAAGCAUAUGUCAAGCCAUCGUACUAUUCCUUGCCCAACCGGUGGAAAAUGCAACAGGAAGUUCGCGAUGCCAUCUGCCCUUCUGAACCAUCUUGAGAGUGGCUGCUGUAGCUCGGGAAUGACUCGAGCCAAGAUGCACCUACUUGUUUUUGCCCACGAUCCUAAUCGCUAUAUUACAUCGGUUGAGGCAGUCAAAUCGAUUCAGUCUUCUGAACAUAUAUCUGCUAAUCAAACUUCACACCUUUCGGAUUUAGUCGAGCCUCCAGCCGAAAAUCCAUCUACAGACCAAUUCACACCACUUCCUCUAGUUUUUGAUGACGAUGAUAGCUUUAGCGAGUGGUCCGCUGUUAGCCGUGGACCAUUAACACCUACCAACAAUGAUAGCGACUGGUCAAUCAUCGGUGAGACUGUCUUGACUCCUACAUAUAGUGAUAAUCCCAGUGAAUGGUCAUUCGUAAGCGAAGAUAAUAUAUCGUCGAUUGCGUUUCCGCUUGAUACAAAUCGCAAUGCCACUUCACAUAAAAGGACCAUAUCUCAGAAUUGGCAUUGUCAACUCUGUGAGCCCAACCGAAAACCUUUCCGCAGUGUCAAAGCCUACCAAGCGCAUGUAAAUUCAGCAGCUCACGCUCCGAAGAUCUUCCAUUGUCCCUUGUCACUCAUUCCAAAGGUCAAAGCACUAGACCUAUCAAAAACUAAGAGUUUCUCGACUUUGGGUGGAUUGACUCAACAUCUAGAGAGCGGGAAGUGUGAAGGCGGGUUUGAGAUGUAUCGCAAAGCGAUUACCUUUGUGGAGGAGCAGUUGAAGCUUCUCGGAUUUAGCGGUCUCAAGCUAUUGUCGAAUUGAAAUGUUAUUGCUAUUGGUGGAAUCUUAAUUUCAUUUUAAGCGUUACAACUUUACAACAAAAUUGCACUGGUCUAAUUUGAUUCUCAAAUCAUCACUCAUAACA